AUGGAAUUGUCUUCUCAACCAUUUCAUGAAACUAACACCAAGGUUGAUAAUUGUGUUGUUCACCUCAGACCAGAUCUUGGUGAACAUAUGGUUCGUCGUUUGGCUGACAUGGGGAGUACCCAGUUUAUCACCACAACGUUCCGCCCAGAGCUUGUGAAAGUUGCUGAUAAGAUAUAUGGGGUGACACACAAAAAUAGGGUCAGCCGUGUCAAUGUUGUCUCCAAGGAAGAAGCUUUAGAUUUUAUUGAGCAUGAUCAAUCCCACAAUGUUGAAUUCGCUGGAAAGAUCGUGUGGAGGACAAUAGAAGUUGUCAACGUGGAUGGUAUAGACAUCUUCAUGCACUCAUCCCCAGGAAAAUACUAA